AUGACCACCGACCAGAAGGCUGGGGACACCAUCCACGCCGAGACCUCAGACGAUACACUCGGAUACCUCAAGGAUGUCGGCCUCAAGGAUGCUGUCCUCGCCAGCGGCGCCCUCGAGGGCACAGCCCAAGAGCACAGCAUGGGCGUCUUCCAGGCUUUGAAGACGUACAAGCGUGCCGCAUUCUGGUCGAUCCUCAUCUCCACCACCGUCGUCAUGGAAGGGUACGACGUCACACUCUUAGGGUCGUUCUAUGGCUACCCCAGCUUCCGCCGCAAGUACGGUCAAUUCCUGAACGAGGAGAGUGGUUACCAGAUUUCGGCGACUUGGCAGCAGCGAUUCAAUUGCCUGGGCGCCUUCGCCAACAUCAUCGGCGCCUUGCUCAACGGCUGGGCCACUGCCAGAUGGGGCCACCGCAAGGUGCUCAUGCUCAACCUGUUCGCACUAGCCGGGCUCAUCUUCAUCGUCUUCUUCGCCCCCACGAUCGAGGUCAUGCUGGUCGGGCAAUUCCUCUGCAACAUCCCCUGGGGCGUCUUUGCCACGACCGGUCCCUCGUACGCCGCCGAGGUCACGCCAUUAUCCAUCCGUGGCUAUCUCACGGCCUACGUGAACCUGUGCUGGUGUAUUGGUCAGUUCAUCUCCGCCGGCGUCCUCAAGGGCCUCGUGAACAACACCACCGAGUGGAGUUAUCGCAUCCCCUUCGCCGUGCAGUGGACAUGGCCGAUUCCGCUCUUCCUGGCAGCUUGGUUUGCACCCGAGUCGCCGUGGUAUUUUGUGCGAACAGACCGAAUCGAGGCCGCCAGGAAGUCGCUGGAGAGGCUGACCCAACCGGAACAUCACGGUGAAAUCGACGCCACCAUCGCCAUGAUGGUCCACACCAACAAGCUCGAGCUCCAGGAGAGAGCCGGUGUGUCCCUCUGGGAUGCAUUCCGGGGCACGAACCGCCGCCGCACCGAGAUCGCCUGCAUGGGCUUCCUCUCCCAGAUCACCAACGGCGGCGCCCUCUGCUAUAGCGGGUCCUUCUUCUUCCAACAGACGGGCAUCAGCGCCAAUGCCGCCUACGCUAUCUCGUUGGCCGGCACGGGCAUCGCUUUUCUAGGCACUAUCAUCUCUUGGCUGUACAUCUACCGCUGGGGCCGCCGCACCAUCUGGCUGGUGGGGUUCGCUUUUCUGGUCGUGAUUCUGUGGACCAUUGGUUUCCUGGCCCUGCCUUCGCAGACCAAGAAGCUCGCGUGGGCACAGUCGAUUCUGUGUCUGGUCUGGCUGGGCGCGUACUCCAUGUCCGUGGGACCCAUCAUUUACACGCUCGUCGCCGAGAUCGGCUCGACGCGACUCCGUACGCAGACUGUCGUGUUGGCUCGCAGCACCUACUAUGUCGGGAACAUCAUCUGCGGCGGACUGCUCCAGCCCGAGUUGAUUUCUCCGGGCGCGUGGAACGCCAAGGGCAAGACUGCUUUCUUCUGGGCCGGCCUCGCGACCUUGACCUUGCUGUGGGGCUACUUCCGCCUCUUUGAGACCAAGGACAGGACUUUUGGCGAGCUGGAUUUUAUGUUCCAGAACGGCGUUUCAGCCAGGAAAUCGGCCAAGCAUCAGAUCAGAGAGGAGGAGCUUUAUGCCGCAGACAGCGAGGAGAAGAAGUCGUGA